AUGAACAUUUUCCACCACAAGCAUCAAAAGCUUAUUCUUCAAUGUUACCCAGCUGGGAAAUCCGUCGAUAAAAAACCAAAUUCUUCAGAGCUAAGCUACCUCUUAUACUAUGCUUCAACGCGUCGGGUCAAGUUGGAAAAAGUUAUCAUUUUCCUUCGCGAGAAAACCCACCAUGAUGCCGCUAGAAAUAGGUCGGGAAACUUGCAAGUGACAUUGGCAAUCGUCAAGGAGUUGAUUAUCAAGUGUAGCGAAAACUUGAAUGUUUUUGCUCGUCAGGUUUGCAAGAUUUUGAAGAUAUGUUUGGAUACAAAGGACUUUGCCGUUUGCAAAACCGUGGUUAAAACGUAUGGGGUGUUGUGUGACAAACUAGAUGGGGCUUUAUUUAGCGGCGAUAAAGAAUUUAUCAAUGACUUUACCGAGGUUUCGCAAACCUUGAUCUCGUUUGGCAAGGAAAAACAACCAUUGCAAAAUCAAUACGAAUGGCAAAUGAUCUCAUUGUUGGCUAUCAAGGAUAUUUCCAAUUGUUUGGGCUAUACCAGCAACACACUAAAGAGAUUCAUUGCUUUGUCUGUGCCAUAUUUGGUUCAAAUCAUUAUGCAAAAUAACAAUGUAAGCAGUCUUUUGCAAAGAGUAAGAAUGAACAUCAAUGUUGAAUCUUCAGAUGGCAGCAGAAAGCUUUCUAGAGUCCAACUGCAGAAAUCUCAAACUCAAAUCAAUAAGCAAAUCGACGAAGAUUUCGAUAACGACUCAUUAACUAUAACCGAUAUAAACGAAGAGGCUAUGGACGCAUUAAGAUCCUUUUUCAACAAUAAUACUACUGUGCAAAUUUCAGAAGUAACUAGAGCUGUAGUACAGCACGUAUACUCAGCACACCUUGAUUUAAACUGGGGAAUUGUUUUAUUAGAGUUGUGUGUAACUUGGAUCCCUAUUCAAUUGAGGUUUGUUAGUUUGUCUACCUUGCUUUCUACUUUGAAUCGGAUGAAUGUCGAAGGGCCAAGUAAGUCAAAUUACGAAUUGCAAUUACAGUAUGCACGCUUUUUACUAGGCUUGCUUUCUUCUGGAGUCAAUAUGGUGGGUUUAUCCGUAUCAGAUGUAAUCCAGCAAUUGCUCAACUUGCAAACGGACUUGAUUUUGAAAUCUAACGAUUUAUCAAAACAAGAGGUUGAUGCGUUGAUAACCAUAUAUUCAGACUGUAUUUGCAACGUUUCAACACACAUUUACUACUUUGAUCAGGUCCCGGAUUCUAUACAAGAAAUAUUGGUAAAAAUUGAUUUUGUAUUGGACAGCUCGUUUUUCGAUCAUAUUGCAACGGUUUCGGGUGAAAGAGCUCAUGAUUUAAUUAUUCAAUUGUUGGAUAACAUCUCCAAAAUUUUCCGCAUUCUUAAGAAUAACACCAGCUCCAUUAGUCGUAACCAUGUGAAUCUUGAGCAUUGGGAUAUCAGUUUGGGCUUGUUAGCCCCAGAGAGCGAAUUCGAUGAUGAUAGAAAAACAGUUUUGACUACUCAGCAAAUCAAUAGCAUUCAAGCUAAAUACCUUAAAGUUGUUGACGAAUUUUUGAACAAUGAGUUGUUAGUAGCACCGAGGUCCUCAUACGAAGUUCUUAGAAACCAAUCGCUAUUGGAAUCCGGAAGUACAAGCCCUUCAACUAAUCCUGAAUUUUACAGCAGCAACAACAGCAAUAGUGAUUUGAGAGCGGGCGAUAAGAAUUUGAUGGAGCCAAAUGCAAAUCAAUACAUUACCCAGCAACAAAACUUUAUCUCACAUUUGUUAAUGUACAGUGACAAAUUCUUUGAUAGCUAUGAUGCUCCAAAUACCGAAUUGGUGCUCUUGUUAAUAACAGUAUUAAAAGAUAUGGUUAGCAUUUUGGGGUUGAAUUUUGUUAGCAAUUUUAUACCGUUUUUCCACCAUUGGGGCUUAAAAUUGAACAAAGCUAGUGAAUUUACCCAAAGCCAAAAGUAUAAGGAUACCAUUGCUCACAUUAUAUUGUACCAUAUCUUAAAGACACUAGAUCAGCAGUAUGAGGAAGAUUUGCAUGGGUACUGUAAGAAUUCAAAAUUAUUCAAAACCAUUGUUGAUGCAAUUGCAUAUAGGAAACAAAACAGAUUAUGGAUAUAUGGUUUAGAUGUAAGCUCUUCCGACUUGGAGACAAUUAAGAGCACGAGGGUAUUGCCCAAGGAUGCUAAUGGUGAGAAUAUCAAAGUUCGUAUCAAAAGUGAAAAUAUUGAAGAGUUUGCAUGUGGAAACAAUUUCCUCAUUGUUUGGCUUCAUCCUCAAAAACCAUUACCUACUGAGAUUGUAAAGUCUCACCUUGGUACUCAUAUGAGUCAAUUCAACAAUGAAUCAAGAAACACCAACAAUGCGAUCCUUGAUGAUUUAGACCAACAACAGCAACAACUGCUUCAACAACUGCAGCUGCAACACCAAGAAUCUGAACAUUUUGUACCAGACUUUGUGAAUCCUACUGGAUUCUCAUCAGAUGCUGCGUCUACUAAUUCAGAAAAGGGCCUCUAUACAAGUUUAGGAUUGGGCACUGCCAACGAUAUCCGAUCUAUUCAUUCUGAGAUUUUGCAGUAUAGUCAACAUUUCCAAGAAAGAGGUUUGCCUCAUGCAAAUAACUAUACGACAUCCAGCUUGAGCAACAUUUGCGGUGGCAGUGCGAUUGCCGAAGAUGCAGAUAGCUCGAUCUACACUUAUACUUACAAUUCAAAGAAUUUUAAUUCUCCAAGGGUAGCUGAUUUGAAAUCAGUAAUGCUGGUGAAUAAAAUAGGAGGCCCCCAUUUUUCAUCUACGCAAAUGGAUCAGACUAUUUCCAAUAAUUCAAUUUUGAACAAGAAUUUGCUUUCACACGAUGUUGAUUCGAUAUUAGCAGGGUUAGAGAGUGACGAUGAAGCAGCAUUUGUUGUCUAG